GGAGGGAAAGGAAGGAGGGGGGGAAGCUUUAAGAAGGAAAAGCAAUCAUAAUAUUAUCUUAUUUUUUUAAAGAAAGGCUUUGAAAGGGAAUUUGGAAGGGGGGAAUUAAAGGGAAAAAAAAAGUUUAAAAGUUGGAAAGGAGGAAAAAAAAAACUUUAUAAAGAAAAAAAUUGAAAAGAGCGAUUUUUUUAUUAUUUGAAGAUUGAAAAAAAAAAAGAGAUUGAGGGUGCAGGGGGAAAAAAAAACACCUCGUAAUUGCGAAGGGCUCGAUCGGGCGCCGGAGAACAAUACUCACCGGGAAAGUUACUGCGCGGCCCGUGAGGGAGCGGCGGGAGGAAAAUGCCGCAGCUGGGCAGCGGCGGCGGGGACGACCUGGGGGCCACGGACGAGAUGUUGGCCUUCAAGGACGAGGGCGAGCAGGAGGAGAAGAUCCCCGAGAACGCCUUCACGGAGCGCGACUUGGCCGACCUCAAGUCCUCGCUGGUGAACGAGUCCGAGGGGACCGGCAGCCCGGCCGCCGCCGCAGCCGCGGACCCUGAGGCCGUCCGGAGGGUGCAGGAUCCGCAGAGGGCUUACCAGGAGAAGCUGCCCGACCACAUGGAUGAUGGUAUGAAGCAUCAGGACCCAGGGAUGUAUAAAGGAUCUGCGUACUCUGGCUACCCCUUCCUCAUGCUCUCAGAUCCGUAUCUGCCAAAUGGAUCCAUGUCGCCACUGUCCAACAAGGUUCCUGUUGUGCAGCCAUCGCACGGCGUCCACCCGCUCACCCCGCUCAUCCCUUACAGCAACGACCAUUUCAGCCACGGCUCCCACUCGCCCCACUUGCCCGCUGACAUCAACCAGAAGCAAGGGGUGCACCGUCCAUCCCAGACCUCAGACAUCCCCGGAUUCUACCCCCUCCCUCCCGGUGGAGUCGGACAGAUCACGCCGUCGAUGGGAUGGCAGAGCCAGUCUGUCUAUCCGCUCCCGUCAUGUGGAUUUAGGCAGCCGUAUUCGUCAGCGCUUUCUGCUGGGGCUUCUUUCUCCAGGUUCACUCACCCGCUGAUGCUGGGCUCUGGCAUGCACACCACCGGCAUCCCGCACCCCGCCAUCGUGCCCCAUUCCGGCAAGCAAGAGAUGGAGCACUAUGACCGGAACAUGAAACCUCAACCAGAACCAAAGAGAGAGAAGGAAGCCAAGAAGCCCACUAUCAAGAAGCCCCUGAAUGCUUUCAUGUUGUAUAUGAAAGAAAUGCGGGCGAAAGUCAUUGCCGAGUGCACCCUGAAAGAGAGCGCCGCCAUCAACCAGAUCCUGGGGCGGAGGUGGCACGCGCUGUCCCGGGAGGAGCAGGCCAAGUACUAUGAAUUGGCUCGCAAGGAACGGCAGCUCCACAUGCAGCUCUACCCCGGCUGGUCUGCCAGGGACAACUACGGUAAAAAGAAGAGACGAACACGGGAAAAGCAGCAAGAUUCCAACUCAGAUCCUGCCUCUCCUAAGAAAUGCAGAGCUCGCUUUGGCCUCAACCAACAAACGGACUGGUGCGGCCCGUGCAGGAGGAAAAAGAAGUGCAUUCGGUACCUACAAGGAGAAGGACGCUGUGCCAGCCCAGUUUCUUCCGAUGGAAGUGCUAUAGACUCCCCUCCCUCUCCUCUGGACGCACUCCAAUGCAUCUCCUCUGCUUUCCCUUCAGACAAGCUCGCAGCCCCCGCUGACUCCGCACACAGAGAUCACCCCGACCCCUUCCCCGGCUCCGCUCACCUCCAGCCCCCCUCCGGCUCCUCCAGACGGACGCCCACAGAGUCCCCUCCACGCUGCGUGGCCUCCACGGGGACAUAGUCCUGCGCCCCC